GCCCAGAGGAUGGAACGGCGGCAAAAAGCCUUUAAAUGGUUUAAAAACCUUUGCAUUGCACUUUAAAAAGUUCGUGGAAAAUUUCGGAUUGAUCUGAUUCCGGCGCACGUGCGUUAAACAUGUUGCUGUCAUGUUGGAAAAAAUCGCGUAAACUCGGAGUAAUAUGCGGUACAUGGACGCUGCAAACACGAUGGUGCCUGUUCCGGCUUGUUCCAGCGUUUCUGUAAGCAACGAUGCGUCUUGUGGAAAACCUAUGCUAUCCUUGGCCUUACCAUCUUUUGAUGCAAUUGCGAAGAAAAAGAAUGACUUUUCUGUUUUUGGCAAUGGUUUGCUAAAUUCCUCCUAUAGUGUAUUUAAACCUUGGUCAACUGCAGGGAAGAAACAUAACUCUACGCAAAAUGUUGGUGAACGUGACAAAUCAAGCCUCGGUGUCUCAGAAUCGGCCAUCACGUUUUGUCCGAGUGAACGGAACCUUUCUUCUAAACAACAUUCUUUCAUAAAUGAGAGGAAUAAAAAUGAUUGGAGUGAAAAUGAUUUGGGCGUCACUGACUACAAAGAUGUACUUCCUCCAAUGCACUUUCCUGGCAUUUUAUCGGGGUUGCCGAUGAAUGGUGCUGAAAAGCUUAACAUGACUGGUAGUACUAAUCCACGGGCAGAGCAUUUGAGCUGGCUCUCAGAAGUAGCUUCUGCAGCAUCGAAAGGAACGCUGAACAGACAUGUGUCAUCUCCGGAACAAAGCCAGGCAGCAAUUUCCAGUGCUCCAACGCUGCAUAGUGUUGCUGAAAAUACAUCUCAGAUAUUGCUUCCAAAUGCGGGAUCACUCUUUUCCCCUCAGGUUGUUAUUGCUAGACCUGCAAAUUCGAAUAAUGUGAAGAUGUUUACCCCACCUUUUCAGAUUGAGCGUACACGCCAUGUUCAACAUUCAUCCAUUCCAGUUGCUGGUACUACUACAGCAUUGUAUUACACUCAAGCCCCUCGAAAUUCAGUCUAUCCAAGUUUUUUUCAAGCCACAUAUUCAUCACCAUCUUCAUAUUCAGCCCCUGCUACUCAGUCGGUUGCUACAAAUGUUCCAAUCAAUAAUGAGCCAACAAGAACUUAUCUUCAGGUUGACAACUAUUCAAAUCUUCCUAUUGUUCACAGUGUUGGCUCAACAACUCAGCUUCCAUGUUCUCCUGGAUAUUUGCAGUCCCCUCAUUCAACUGCAAGUCCAACGAACUUGACCGUACCAUCACCACAUAAUAGGUUGUUUCAGCAAGGGAGGAGUAUUCUUAUUAGUCGUUCUCCUGAGGUAAUGAUUACCCAGCAGUCACUCGAAAGAGAACCUUGUCAUGUACGAAUACAACUAUCUCCUACCGUACCACUGUUGCAGGAGGAUCCAUCUCGAAGAAAAUCCUAUACUUCGAUAGAUUCUGUGAUGGGAUCUUCCAGUUGUAGCCCAGUAAUUGAAACUGGGGGAAAUGUCUCCCAUGCUUCAGAUUUUGCUGUCUCUAAAGAAUAUGUUAACCAGCAAACUACACCCUCUUCUAACACAAGCUAUAGGUUACCGACUGGUAAAGAAGGUAGCCUGAAGCAUCGAAUUUUACGGCCACCAAGUAUUAAUAUUGUUGAUCCACCUCAGUCAAUUGUAGCAGAUGCACCACUUUCUGCUCCACCAAUUCGAACUCACCGUGAGCCCUCUCCGAAGCAAGCUAGAUCAAUACCGUCUUCAGGUUAUCGAUCUUUUUCAAGCUCUGCAUCGUCGAUAACAGAAGUAUCUACAAGAAUUCCAUCUGUAAGCGCAAGUCCUUGUGGAACAUUUCUUAAUCACCGUUCUUCUCUUUCAUCUGGUUCUCCUUCACCAGCUGCUCCAAUUUCCCCUGGUGCAACUGCACAACUAAAAUACCCACAGUCAUUCAUGAAAGGUGCCAUUAUUCAACUAGCAAAUAAUCAAUUUAAGGAAGUGGAAAAUAUGACAACGGAAGACUUUAUCGAAUGUGGAUUGUUAAGCCCCACCUUGAGGAUAGAUUCUAGUACUGUUGUGAACAUUGAAAAAACUCCAUCCACUGGUUCUGCAAAGUUAGGAUUUCAUGUAGGGCAAGACAAUAUUCCAAUAACUGUUGAAGCACCCUUAGAGCAUCCUUUCUUUGUAUACAAGCAAGGCUGGUCCUCUUGUUCUCCUGAGCGCUCUUCCCAACGUUAUGGACUCAACUGUCACAAACUGAAAGUGGGCGACGUAUGCAUUUCCCUAACAGACAAACCACAAAGUGUUAAAAGUAAUGGACAAAAGGAGUCAAAUUUCACUGUGCCAACUAAAAAUGUUAGCUCUCCAAUGACUGAUAAAAGUAAAGCUUCUGUAAAUAUUUCUUCUGAGACCAAAGAGAUGACAUCUCAUGCUUUUCGUUUGCCAGUUAGUAUUGGUUUAGAAAAACUUACCACUUCAAGUACAGAAAAGUCUAUUAAUAAACCAGAAACAAAGGAAUCCCCAAAGAAGAGGAAAAGACGCUGGUCUGCACCAGAUAACCUUAGUCAAAAUGAUGAUAUAAAUUCUUGAAAAAGAAAAAAGCCUUUUUUUUCUUCUUCUAAAUAUCUGCUACUUUUAGUACGCUAUGCUUAAGCAUAGUUAUUUUAGAGAUGGGUGGAUGAGUUUUGCUGAAAAAGUGGAGGUUGUUAUCUUGUUUGGAAUAUUUAAAGCUUAAUGUAGUCACUUAAGACAGUAUACAUGGUGCAAUCCAAAAGUAAUGAGCCUUUGUUUAAAAAAAGAGAUUUAUUGAGCUGAUCGGUACAACUGCCUAAUAGUCUUAAAAAUAGGCACCUCCUGGCAACAAUGUUCUUCUGUAGGCGGCUUUUCCAGGACUCGAAGGCACCCUUUACGUCCUGUUUCGAGGGGUCUGCAAGGGCUGCCUUGACAUGUGCUUGGAUGUCCUCGAUGGAAUCGAAACGUUUCCUUGUCAGCGCUGAUUUUAAUAGUGGAAACAAUAAGUCAGGAGGCCACAAGCCCUGACUGUAGAAAGGCUGGGGCAACACGGGAGCGUUGACUCUGUCAGUUCAAUCUCUCCGUUAAUUCAAUUCUCAGUCAGAACUCUCGGCACAAGUGUCGCGCAGACUUUCCCCAUGUGCAACUUCUGCUUAGCAAUGCGUUCCACCGUUGUUUCUGAUAAAUCCAGGGCUUUUGGUAAUUGAUAGAGACUCAAACACCAGUCCAUGUUCAAAAAUUCACACACUCGUUGCUUAUUUAUGCCAGUACGAGCCCAGAACGGGCGUCCAGACUGGAGUUCGUCAGUCACCACUUCCUGUCCUUACGAAAGGCCUCGUGCCAUUUUUCUGCUUGCGAAUAGGACAAACACUCAGUCCCAAGAACCUGUUGAAGCAUUGCAAAAGUUUGGGAAGAAUACCGUAAGCAUAAUUUAAUCUCUUUGCGUUGCUCUUACUACAUUUUCAUAUCACUGUGUAGCGAAUCACCUUAUAGGGGUCACUGUUAGGGUUGAUGGUGCCACUCCGAAAGCUGGGAGGCAACUGACCUGCAUUGUGCUGUAAAGCCAACAACCCUCUCCUCCGUCGCUGUCAAGCGGAGCGAGCUGCAGGGUGUGCAUGGAUCAGUAUAAAAUGAGGCUCAUUACUUGUAGAUCAUACCAUGUAUGUCAAGUAGAACAUUAAAACAAAGGGUGUAUAAAUUAAGAGAUUGUUUAUGUAAAGAAUCGAUGUGAAAUGAGUAAAUUCUGACCUUUUCUGUGGCUCUUAUGAAACAACUUUAUUUCAUCCUUAAAAAAUAAGAAAAAAGGGGGGAGGGCGGUAGAUUGAUAAUUCUAAUGUUUAAAAAUCAAAAUGUGAUACGAUAAAUUGCUGAAUAUUUUAUCUACCAGUUUGUUGGCACUUUCAGCUUCAAUAAGCUGACAUCUGCCUCCAGCUUGGUUAUUCCCUAUUCCAGAUUAAUGAGUUCGAAGGGUGAGGACGAAACUGCAGUCUCUGGAUGAGAUAACCUGGCUGUUGGUAUAUUGCAUGUAGUUCUGGCCAUAGCUCUGGCUUAAGGGCCGUAACUUACUGCUUCAUUGAACCUUGUUACAAUUUCUUAUUUCAAAUUUUCUCCUGCAUACAUUUCAAUCCUGUUUGUGACUUCAAUCAUCUUUAAAAUAUUUAGAAUUUGGAGGCUUGCUUUUAGAUUGCAAAUAUUUUUUAUGGUAACAUUUGAGGUUAAAGUCAAAAUAGAUGAAAACUUAUUCUUAAAAAUAUUGUCUUUAAAAUUCAUAUCUGGCUAGUGCUUAAAUCGAGGGCUAGACGAUUAGAAACUCAGUCAAAUGUAUUGGGUACCCUCCUUGAAAGGGAUCCAGAUUGAAAACUAUUAAUUUUCACAUGGAGUUUGAAGAAACAAAUGUGAAAUUCUUGAGCUGUGUAAUUCAAACUAUACAAUUGCUUCAUUUUAAUUUUUCACAUUGAUACAAUCAUUUUGUGAGUUCUUUUGAACAUAGUAUAUGAUAUCUAGACUAGACCAAAUAUUAGGCUAAGAGUGUAUGUAAAGAUUUAUUUUGGGAGAGAUCCAAUCCAAAUAUUAAGAAACUAUUUCUUUGAAAAUAUUAUGGUUUUUUAUUCAAAAUAAAUAGUUCAAAAUUUAUUUCGGGAGGAGCCCGUGCCCCUUCUGCUCUCCCUCUUAAAUAAACUUGUGCUAAGUAGGAGUCAUCUCUACUUGAUGCAAUAAACUAACACCCAUCUCUAACUUUAAAUCUUUAGUACAUCAGACUAGAUUAUUUGAAAUUUCAGAUACUCAACCCACUACAAACAAACUCACUGCUCCAAAAAGUGUAGCAGUGAAUGAAUAAUCCUUUAAUAUGAUUUUAAUGAAGAUUUUCUAUGAAAUGCAGAUAACAAAGUAUUUUUUAUAUCUUACUCAUGCGAAGGAUUUCAGUGAAUAAUUUCACCUCUCUCUAAUAUUCUUAAUCAUACCCAUUAUGUAAAAUAAGAAAAUUGGUAGUUAUGAUAGAUAUCUUGAAAUUUCUAUUUUUUAUUGAGACUUGAAAUAUUUUAUGCUUCACUUUUCAUAGUGUUAGAAAUGUUUUAAACAUUGUUUGUUAAGCAAUUAUAACUUUCAUGUUGAUUUGAAAAUUUUAUUGCAUUGAAUGUUAUAGAUACUAAAUAGAAGUUUUAAAAAUAUUUUUAAAAUAUAAGUCCAUUGGGAUAUAUUUCAGUAUAAUAUCCAAUUUAUCAAAGCUUUCAUUUUGUAAUGUGCAUAUCAUGACUUAUUAUUCCUUCCAUGCCACAAAGUAACUUGCUGUUUUCUUUUGUAUUAGUUGUAAUUGUAAACUAUACCUUCAGGAAAGGAAAAAAAAAAAAAUUAUACCAUUUAUGCAAUAAUUUAAUUGCACCAAAAGGAAGCGACUAUAACUUAUUUCAAAUUAAUUUUUACAGUAUUUUGUUUCUUGUUUAUAAGUUAUUUCAAUUCAUAGCAAAUAUUCUUUCAUAUACUGUUGUCUGGGUUUGUUGCUAGGUGUAUAACAUAAUAUUAAUGGACCCUAAAACAUGCUUUUAGAUUUUUUUUAAUUGGAAAAGGGGAGGAGGGAGGGGAGUAGGUUCUCAAAAGAGAGUUUUAUAACAUUUCAUUCACAAUUCUUUACCUUACAUCUUUCUUUUUAUUAAUUCAAUCAUCAUGAAAAUGUUAAUAUAUCAUCUUAAAUAUUGCAAAUGUAUAUUUACUUUAUAUUAACUUUUACGUUAUAUUAACUUUUGUAACUUCUGGUGAAAAACUGCAUUUGAAUUAAUCACUUGCUGCAAAAAACUUGCAACUUAGAUUACUGACAUUAAACCUGUCUUAAUAAUUUGUCUUCAGUGUAGCCAAAAAUUAUUGCAAAAUAUUUAUUUUUAGCUUUAUAUUUCUUUUAUUGUGUUAUUGUUUUAAUUCGUUCAUUAACUUGAGACAUAUUAGAUGCUGAUGAAAAUUCUGUUGACCUUUUUCAUUUGUACUAGAAAUAUUCACUGCAAAUGACCAUUUAUGAACAUAUGACUUGUUUUGGUUGAAAAAAGUAGCUCUGCUACACAAAAAAUCUGUGAUUUUCUACCUUUUAUUCCUUUAUUUUAUAGAAUAAUAGUUCUUAAGUUCGUAGCUAUUAAAGUGACUGUAGAUAUUAAUGUGCAAUCCUAGAAUUCUGCAGUUGUUAAAAAGUUGAAAAUUUUUAAUCACUGCCUACUAAAUCUUAUCCAUUAAUUUAGCAGAUCUGUGAAUUUUCUGUCAAAUUUUCGAAAUUUUUAGCCCAACUGUGGAUGGCAACAAAAGAUAUCAAUAUUGAGUUAUAAGAUUCUGCAUCCUUCAUAAGAAUAGGAGUUUACAACUCUUCUGCACUCAAAAUUUGCAAAAUCCAAAAAAAAAAAAAAAAAAACCCAUGGUUUACCCAUUGAAUAUCAAACAUAUUUUCUUAAGUCUUGCUUGGUAGUUUUCUUAUAUGAAGAAUUAUCCAGAGUUGGGUUUUUGUUAAAAACAUAGGAACAUAGGCAUCUGUGCACUCUGCAAUGACCAUAGUAUUAUGAUGUAUAUUUUGGUGAAUUCUUGUAUGAAAAGAAAAGUUCUGAGCUUAGUACAAAAUGAGUUUAUGUUUUAAUCCUGUUUAAAUUUUAUGAAGAAUGUUUCAUUGCCAUUUUCAAAUGUUUAAUUUGCACUUGUUUAAACAUCAAGCGCGGAAAAAAAAGUUUAAGCAUUACUCUUUAAAUAUUGUCUCUAUUAUUCAAUUUUACAUUGUUGCAUACUUGUUAAGCUCGUUUUAAAAGUGCAGUAGUGUUCAAUGUGUUAUGUAGUAAUGUGCUUUUAUUUGAUCUGAAAGUAGUCUUUUUUUUUAAGCCUAUCAAAUAUUUUCAUGUUACUUCAAAACUGAGCAAAUCAUAGUUAAACUUAUUUUUAAGGCAUUCAUGCCUCCCUUGCAAUUUUUCUAUAACCCCCCAGGUUGAGAACCUCUGUAAAUAAUAUUUACAGAAGAAAGACGUGUAAUCUCUAUUGUAUAAAAAUUUACAAAGUAGAUAUGAGCUAUUGAGAGUGUCUUAAGAACAAGAAGUAAACACAAAUUUAAUCACAAUAUCUAAAUCUCUUUAAUCAUAAAAAAAAUACAAACUUUUAUUUAAAAAACUUGAAAUGCUUUUGUCAGUGUACACCAACUUUUAAUAUUACCUUAUUGAAACGGUCUACUGAAUUUUUUAAAAUUAAAUGUUCUUGUUGGUCUUUGUUUUUUUUUUUGCAUUUAAUGUUUUUUUAAACAAAAAAAAAAGUUUUUACAAAUUUUGAAUUUAAUUAAAUAUUUUCAGCAGUCAUUUUUAUGCUCAUGGGAAAAGUAGAUACCAAUAUAUAAGCAAAUUUGUAUGCAUAAACAAAUUUAUUGAUGAUAAAGAAAACUAAUUGUUUUCUGUGACAACAAUGCAGUUUUUUAAAAAUUGACUAAAAAUAGCAAGGAUUAUCUAAAUUGGUUAUAGAAAUCAAAGUAAUAACUUAAAAAAAUAAGUUUUAAUGAAAGAAUGGUUUUUACAGUAACAUAGUUGAGCUUAAAUUAAAAGUUUUAUUCAAUGUGCCAAACAAAUGCAAAUAAGAAGAAAGUCCACAUUUGAAAUCAGAAAUUAAGAUAGUUUGAUAUGCAUAAUUUAACAGGUAUUAUUUGUCUUAAUAAAUUUUUUGUGAAGCUUAAAAAGGAAAUCUUUGCUUCAAGGUGUUUAAGCAUUUUCAAAUUUCUUGUUGCUGGUAGAAUUUUGAAACAUCUUGUAUCUCAAGGUAGUUUUUCAGUAAAAUUUGUAACAAUAGCUUAUAAAGUGUAGCAUAUCCGCAACUUAUUUACACCAUAAUUCAUUGUAAACAUAGCAAAUAAAGUAUUACUAUA